UAGAGUGUUGUAUACGCUGUAGUCUGCCGGGAUAGUGCGAACAGGUAGAGGUACUAUGGGACGUACAUGUUUGGUUGUACUGGAUAGGAUACUACUGGAUACAGUGAAAUAACUAACUAGGAUCCGCAGAGCCCACUAAGUACUUUUGUUGUCUUUGGAUACGACUGGAUUACAUUUAUUCCACUGGAAUACGUUGACCCGAUUUCGGACAUCAUUAAGACACGAUUGGGUCUGUAAUUCUGUUUCAUCGUAAUACAUCUAGAUCUAGACUCUAGUUAUUAUCUGCGCUUCACAUCUUCAGAAAAACUAGUUUGUUUCUUGUGUUAUUCUAUUUAAACAGUGCAGUUGAAAGGUUUAAGCUGACCAGCAAGAGCUGACUCUAUCAUCAGAUUUGUUCUGAGAGAAAGAGAGGACUCAGUGCUCCGCCAUCAUGUCUGUGAACGAUGAUGGUCAGCUGUCUAGUAGUGACAGCUUUUGGGAGGUAGGCAGGUAUAUGAGGACAGUGAAACGCUGUGACAAUGGCUACCAGCUGUGUAACCACCUGAGGAAGCUGAUUGAAGAAAGAAAUGAGAUUGAGAAGAAAUAUGCUGCCAUGUUGACAGAGUGGACAAAAAAAUGGAAUAAUUUUCUAGAUAAAGGUCCAGAGUAUGGCACAACUCUAGGGGCAUGGAAAGGUGUCCUCACUGAAGCUGAUGGUGUGGCUGAACUCCACAAUGCCAUGGCUGAAAAGAUGAUGGAUGAUGUCCAUACCAAAAUAAAAUUCUGGCAAAAAGAGAACUAUCACAAAUCAAUGAUGCACUUCAAAGAAACAAAAGAGUUUGAGGAUAAUUUCAGAAAAGCUCAGAAACCAUGGGCUAAGAGGUUGGCUAAAGUAGUAGCUACUAAGAAAGAUUACCACGUGGCAUGUAAAACUGAAAAGAGCACAGCAAAUCAAGAAAAUAAUUCCAGGGCCGACAGUUCAGUUUCACAAGAGCAGUUGAAAAAACUUCAGGACAAGUUAAAGAAAUGUCAGCAGGAAGUGGAGAACACAAGGGAGAAGUACACUGCUGCACUGAAUGAUUUAAACAGUUAUAAUGCCAAGUAUAUAGAGGAUAUGACAGAGGUUUAUAAAAGGAGUCAAGAUUUUGAACAAAAAAGAAUAGACUUCUUCAAAAAAAUAUUUUUCCAAUUACAUGCAUGUUUAGAUUUAUCAGUAGAAUCACGUUUCAGUCAGAUAUACACCAAUUUACAUUCCACUAUUGGUAACGUAGACCCCAAUAAAGACUUGAAGUGGUGGUCAUCAACACAUGGUGUGGACAUGGGCAUGAACUGGCCAGCAUUUGAGGAGUACUCUCCUGAGCUACAGUCUAUAUCAAAGAGAGCUAAAUCUAAUUUGGGCUCAGCUGAUGGAGGCAUUAUGAUAACCAGCAUCAAACACUCCAGAGAGGACAGUUAUGGCAGCUAUUCUGAACAGCCAAGUGCUCCUCCACCACAGCAGCAACAACAGCAACCUCAGAACUACAAGACCCAGUCGUCCACAAACUCGUAUGCAUCUGCACCGCGCAAUGACAUGGACAGUUCUGUAUUUAGUGUUGACUCUUUAAAUCCAUUUGGGGAAUAUGAUUCUGAGGAGGAAGAAGAAGAGAAAGGGGAGUUUGUGGAAGAAGUAAAGCUUGUGGUUGAGGAGAAGAGCCACAAUGACAAAUUGAAGAAUGGUUCAAGUCUGGAGGAAGACCCUCCUCUGAAGCCCCCUAGGAGUUUGGAAAGUCACAAAGAACUUGUCACAGAGACUCGCAUCCCACCAGUUCCAAGAGCCAGAGACUCUAUCAAAAACAGAGCAAGAUCUGAGUCUCCAGAUGGAGAGAAUCCCUUUGGGGAUGGAGAUAUGUAUGAUGAGAAUGAGGAAGGAGAGGAGCCUCCUAGUGCAGGCUGGAUGGUGCGUGCUCUCUAUGACUAUGUCAGGGCUGAAGAUGAUGAGUUAGAGUUCAAAGCUGGUGAUGUGUUUCUUCAGGUGGCUUUAGAAGAUGAAAUGGGUUGGUGCAGAGGAAAGAAAGGAGAGGACAUUGGUUUCUACCCAAAGAAUUAUGUGGAAAGAAUAUAGAACAACAUUGGCUUCAUGUGAAAAGGACAUUGAACUACUGGUGGCUCAAACAGAGCAAUGAGCAGUUGGGAUUUUUCAAAGAAACAUUUCACUAAUUGUACAAGUUAAUUUCCUCUGGAACAGAUCUUGUUGGUUGUAACCCUCCCCCCUCCAUUCACUAAUCACCUCCAAUGUUUUGUUUAUCAUUCACCUACCUAUUUAUAAAUACACUCAUGGGUUUUGAAACAGUUAGUCACUACUUGUGUAAGAAAGUGUUGCCUUUUAAGUUAACUUGUGCAGCCACUAAAAGGUUGGACCAGGUGGUGGUAAGUUUAAAAAGAAGAAUAACUGUGUUGGCAAUUCAGGGAUUGGGUUGGUAUGUGGGCCCCUGUCACCUAAUGUAGGUCUGUAUGUGUGACUUGGUGAAAGUUUGGUCUGUUUUUGGUUAGCUGACUAAGAUUGAAUGAGGUCCAAUAAAAUGUCUAAGAAAUGUAUUAUGUUGUCAAGUAUUAUAUAUGGCAAUAAAGUAUUGACUUGUGUAAAUGGACCUUGGAAUAGGUAAUGUAGUAUAUUGCUGUAUCAUAAAAUAUUUUUGUAAAGAAUGUUUGUAAAAGACAUUGUGUUACUCCCCUUAUAUGUGGCUUUCAUGCAAUACAGGAGCCUGAAAAUGCUUUUGUUUCUAAAGCCUUUAGCAAGCCUUUAGUUUUCCACUUCAUUCAAGUCUUAGCCUUAUCAUCCCUGUACAUGUGGGUCUCUUGCUGAGCAGUGGACUUCAUUUGAUGCAAGAACUAUAUCCAAAUGCUUUCUCAUUCUUCACCUGUUACUUACUACAAACUGUCUGAGGGCGUCAGACUUAAUGUUUCUUGCGAUUAGCAUCACUAGUUCAAUCUUCUUGUGGACGAGAAGAACUUGUGCAUGUGCUUGAAGCCUACCUAACAUUCCAACAAAUAGUUUCUUUGAACAUAAACAUGUCUCUAUGUCCAAGACCAGCCUUUUUUUUUUCCACUUACCCAAGCUAUUGAAGACUCUAAAUGCACCCUAAAACUGCUGGGAUUUGUGAAUCUCUGUUAUAAACUAAUCUUCAUCUUUAUAGGUAUGCUAGUUUCAAUAGUUCAGUACCAAGGAAGCAAUAGAAUUUACUUUCAGCAGAAUAAAUCUCCUUCUUACGAAUUGUAUAAAUGUGAUAUAGUUUUCAGGGCUAUUAGAAAAUAUUUUUAAUAGCAUAGGAUCUUUGAAUGUUUGUUAAAAAAAAACAACAUCUAUUUCUAUUUCAGUAGCUAACAGACUGAUGUCACAUUAGCCAGCAUAAAUAUAAACUGUUUGAAUUAUACAUCUUGUUAACAUUUUCUUGUGUCACAAGGACUCUGUUUUGGAAACCAAUUUACUUUAUAAACAUGAUUGUUAAUAGCUGAACUUGAGGAAUGAAUUAUUUAAUGCUAUAACCUUGUUGUGCUUUGAAUGCUAAUUGAAUCAUUGUUCAGGGUUGGAGAUCAGUGCAGGUGUUUACACAGCUCUAGUAUGAGAGAGUUAUCAAUGAAAACUGUGAUUGCAGUGUUACACCUUUCACUGGUUGUUUGAUUUGUCCUACCAUUAUUAUCCCUUGACCCCAAAAUGCAUCAAUAACUUUCUAGUACAAUGGGUGAUAAUCAUGGAAGAAAGAAGAAAUUGUUAUCACCUCCCUUUGCUUUUUUUUUUCUGUUGUCUGUAUCCCCUUUUUUUUUUUUCUUUGAAAGCCAUUCACCUUAACCACUCCCACACCCCCUCUAUAAAAUCCUAAAAAGUUCAUUGUGAUGUGGGAAAAUUGUUACAUUGUAAAAAAAAAUAGCUAAUUCUCCGCCAUCUUAUCUUUCCUUAACGGCCUGUGUUCCCAGAGUAUCAGGUGUAUUCAUAAUAUAGCAUCAAGGAAUGAAUGACAAAAUGGUUAUGUAUGAUAUAUAUAUAUAUAUAAAUAUACAAAAUGUAGACAUUUAAUAUUUAUACUACAUCUAUAUAAUUAUAUAUACAUUUAUACAAGUUGUUUAUUUGUCCAUAGAGUUAUGUACAACUAACAUUGAGUGUUUAUUGCUACUAAUUUAAUGAUUAAAAACAUGUAUUGUCUCUGUAGUUAGCAGUAAUGUAAUAGGUUGAUAUUUAUUGACUAUAACAAAUAUAUUUUUGUAUAUUAUUAUCCAGUGUAAAAAAAAAUGUUUUCUUAAACUGGAAAGAAGAAUUAUCUUUUUGCUUCUGAAUCUGGAUUGUACAUUGAAGUAGCUCGGGUAGCUUAUACUCUACUGUUAAUGAGUUUUGAAAUGGCUCAUGAGCCCACAUCCUUCAGUUGUCAUGAGAACUGACUCCUUGUUGACUGGUGUGGUGGAACUGAGAGACAUUUGGAUCAUCUUAGGCUGUGAUGGGAAGGUGUGUGUGUGUGUGUGGUAUGUUGGGUCGCUUCUUGCCCUUAGCCCUGUAGUUUCUUGAGGUAUCAUUACUAAAAGCAUCAGUUCUUUAGAGCAGUUUCAGAUACAUAUGUGUUUGAAUGCACACAACAAAAGUAGUCAUUACAUUAUUCAUUUUUAACCUUGUCUGUUUUCUUUACAAUAAAGUGGUGUGCCAGGUUGGUUUCUUAUUUCACCACUUGUUCAACAUACCCAUUUUAUCACUGUCACUUGUUUGGUCAAAUUGAUUUGAAUUGGCAAUAGUUUAUUUGUGUGUGGAUGUCAUUGUUACUUCAUUUAUUUCAUAUAAAUAUUUUAUAUGGAUUAAGAGAUUGUACUGUAUUCUACAAUUUGACACUUGGUUUCUAUCCUGAUUAGAAUUUUGUUGUUGUUUUUUUUUUGUCUUUCUGGCCAUUAUUUGUCUCUGUGUUAUAGACUAGACAUUACAUGUAUUCAUCUUCAGUAAUAGAAGAUUAGGUGGCUGAGUGGCUUUGGUCAUGGUAUUCCUCCCCAAAGGUCCUGGGUUGAAUUACUGUUGUAUUUAUUGUAUAAUGUUCCUAAAUCUGUUCAGCUGUUUGAUCUUUUGGUCAGGAAAUCUUAAUGUCAACUCAAAGACAUUGUGCUGAAGACUCAGCUUCAGAUCUGGGUGAAGAAGUUUUGUGUGACAUUGUAUUGUGUAACAUUGUUAGUCGUCUAUAACAUUAGAUAGUAUGAAAUAAUUUGUUUGACUCUCAAGAAAAGAAUCAUGAAAAGAAACCAUAUGUUCUGAAAUAACCCAACCCUCUUCUGUGCAUGUAUUCACUGACUGUAUCCCAGACUUCAAGUUUUCAAGCUAUAUUUAUGUUUCUAUAUUUAUGUUAUUAAUUUAUUUCCAUCAUAUUCUCCUCUUUCAACUUGUAUCUAGUUACAUCAAUAGUCAACCACAACUAAGAUUGACCUAACCACACCAAGUUAGGUUCCUUAGUGGGUCAACUGUAACUAACAUCUCUAACUUCAUUAUGGGGCAAAUGAACAAUGCAUUUGGAUAUUGUUGCUUAUUUCCUUUUUGUUUAUGUUUGUUUUGUUGGGGGUUUUUGUGGAAAUACCUUAUCAAAUUUAAGUUAAGAUUACUUAUUGUAUGAUCUAAUGUUGAUUUUUGUUUUGUUUUAAAUCAAUAUAUUCAUUAAUUUUUCAUUGUAUAAACUAAUGGCAAAGUUGAUCCAGAGAAAAUAAAAUCAUUCUGAUGUGUUUACACUAGCUUGCCAUUGUUAAGUAAAGUCUAGUUCCUUGUGCUCUACAUGGAGGAUAAUAAACAAAAAUGACUUCAUUUCAA